GUUGAGGUCACGUGAUGAAUGCGGAAGUACCAGCUGAGCCUGAUUCGCGCUGGAGAAACAUCAACAAACACGACUGAACUGCGAUUCCAGAAGCCCCCAGGGAAAGUCGUGGAUGCGGAUAUGGAGCAUCGGUUAGGCCGGGCGCCGGUGUUGUCUCCGCUGGAGGAGUCGAGCGAGGAGGUGAGCCGAGACAGCGGGAUCGUGUCCCAAAGCACCAGCACUGUGUCCAUGCUGAGCGAGGGCCUGAGCAACGGGAACGUCUCCCAGAGCCCCAGCUUCGGACUGAACGCCUCCCGGAGCCCCAGUUUCGCCGGUAAUGUGUCUGAAAGUCCCAGUUUCGGCGGUGACGUGCCUCAGAGUCCCGGUCCGGACGGUGCAGCCGCCCAGAGUCCCGUCCAUGAGCAGGAGGAUGAGAUCCUGAGACAGACUGCGCUCAGUUACUCCUCCUAUAUCCGAGCAGACGCAGGCGAGGAGAUCUUAUGUUUGGAGAAGAGUCUGGAAGAAAUGCUCACCCGAGUGGACGAGUUUGUGGGGAUGUUGGACAUGAUUCGCAAUGACACCUCUCAGAUCGUGAACAUCAGCCUGCCUCAGAUUUACAAAAAAUCCGAGGACAUGAGACACAUUUACAGGAAAAUCGAUAAGCUGGAGGCUUUUGUGAAGAUGGUCGCAGCAAACGUGAGUCUCAUGGAGGAGCAAGUCAUCGAGGCCGAAAGUGAAGCCCGGACUCUACCUGGUGCUUUCAAAAAGAUUUUCCGAACAAUGAACGUCUCGGGAUUUUUAAAUAAACCAUCCAGCCCCAAACGAGCAGCAGCCCAGCAGCACCAGGAGAUUCCUACCGUCUUCAGGACCGAGGAUUUCUUCCCCACUCAGCCAGAACCGUGAUCACGGAAAACACUGUAGCGUCAAUCUCGCCAAAGGUCCAAGCUGCGCGUCGCAGCGAGACGGCCACUUCGACAGCAAUAUCAAAGCGGGACUUGAGAACGCCGAUCACAGCCGAGCACUCUUUUAGCACACCGUUAGAUGGCAGCUAGUUUUAUAACAAAGUUUUUGUUUUUAAAGGACUUUUGUUUAAAGUGCCUCUCUUGGAAACGUCGCUGUUUUCACUCACACAUGCGAGCAAACAGGCAUGUGUCGAUAUCAAAUAUUCACAUCGCGCUAAUUUCAUAAACAGCUUAGCUUUCUGUAACGGGAUCUCGGAAGGUAGUUCCGGCUGCAAGACAAAUUCCAGGUUUGUAUUAACACGCCCACUCUAAUCUACCGCGCUUAUUAUCGUUUCUAUAGUAACGACUGACUGACUUCCACAGAGGUUUAUGCAACUGUACAACGUCAAACUUCGCAUUAAACCUGAAGCACAUGGAGUUGUCUCGAGCUUGAAUUUUGGCUCAACUCCAUGCAGGUAGGAGGAGCUAGAUCAGGGCUGACUCCACCCCACCACCCGGACAUUUUGUUCCGCACUGAGGGUUACUUUGCAGAGUUUUCUCCAUAGCAACAAAUCAAACACUAUGUCUAAACUGUAGACGCGAGUACCUCUAUAAAUUUUACACAACGGAUUAAAAAUGAAAUCCAGUACAAACCUGGCAAACGUUUAAUUUUUUCUUAAAUCAUAAAAUUAACUGGUAUUGAAUUCUUUAGUAACAGCGACAGGGAUUUGAACGUGAAAGUCAGGUCUCGGGAGUUUAAAGGAUUCAGUCAUGUCACCUCGAACGAAGAUGUUUUGUUCCUACCGUGUUUAUAUUUUAUGCUUUAAGUUAAAUAUUGUACACCUGAUUAUCGACACAUGCCUAAUAGCAAACGCUAGAAAGACUUUGAGGUUUUUAAUUAAAAUUGUGUAAAUUUUUUAUAGUGAUGUUUUGAUCUUGGUCUUUUUUUUUUUUUUUUGCCAGUUUUUUUUUUUUUUUUUUUUUUGCAUUAACAUGACUAACACCAUAGCUUGAACAAACUUUAUUUCAUUUCAAGUGUGCAUUUAUUUACACAACACCACCACCACCAUCACGGCUGCUUGUGCUUCUUGUUCAUACGGUAAAUUACCACUUUAUCCUCUUCAGGCCACAGGAAAGGAAAUCUGUGGUUAUUUCUGUUUUGAGUAAAUCUUUUUUUUUUAUGCUUAUCCUUAUGAUGAUCAGUGAGCUUGACUGUUAAUUUCGCUAAUUUAAUGACUCGAUUUGUAAGGAAUGUACAUUUAUUUAUAAUAAAAAGUAAACAAUAUUGUCAGAAGAACAGA